AUCACCGAAAAUUAUGAAAAUUUCAAAUCAUUUGUAUUGAUUAAUGUUCAAUUUUUUGAAAAUAAAUAAAUUAUAUUAUGGAACCAAACGCAAUCGAUGACGGAGAUUCUCCGCGGAUAAAAUCUAAAUUGAAAACAACAACAAUAUCGACGGCAUAUAAUAUAGUUUUACAAAUUGGUCUUCGUAUUUUUAGUUUUAUAAUCAAUGCUUUUAUUCUUCGAUUCAUCACUAAAGAAACACUUGGUAUAAUCAAUGUACGAUUAUUGUUAUUAUAUACGACAAUACAAUUCACCACUAGAGAACCAUUUCGGCGAACAUGUGCACCAAACAAUUCGGUUGAUGAUGAUGAUCACAAUGUAUCAAAAUCAAUGAAUCAAAAAGCCUGGUCUAAGGUGGUCAAUAUUACAUUUCUUUCCAUACCAUUAUCAUUUAUAACAGGCCUUACAUUCUCCAUAAUAUGGUAUAAAGUUUUCGAAAGACCUGAACAUUUACUUUCAGAAUAUCAAUGGGCAAUCAUGUCGAUCUAUGUUUCGGUAAUUAUCGAAUCCAUGGCUGAAACAUUUUUCAUCUAUGGACAAAGAUAUGAUUAUAUUCGAUUGAAAGUAAUUGUUGAAGGCAUCUUUCAAACUGUUCGUUGUUCAUUAUUAGCAAUAUUUGUCUAUAUUUCACCUGAACAUUCUGUAUUUGGUUUUGCAAUAGCUCAACUUGUUGCUUCGACAAUCUAUUCUCUUACUUAUUAUAUUUAUUUUCUAUUGAAAAUGAAAAUACCAAUGACAACAUUUUUACCAAGAUUUCUUCGUGAAAAAAAUGAUGAAGAUUAUAAUAUGAAAACAGAUGAAUUAAGUCUGUUAAAAACAUCAUUAACAUUUUUCUACAAUUCAUUAUUGAAACAAUUUCUUACUGAAGGUGAACGUUAUAUAAUGACCAUGUUUUCGGUCAUUAGUUUUGCUGAACAAGGUGUAUAUGAUGUAAUCAAUAAUCUUGGAUCAUUACCGGCUCGGAUUAUAUUUCAACAAAUCGAAGAAAAUGGAUACAUAUUGUUUUCAAGCCUUAUCAAACGUGAUCUGGAUGCUAGUCAACAGACGACAAAAAUUGUAAAAUCAUUAUCAAUCUGUUCAAAUCUAACGAAAUUGAUGACAAUAAUUGGUUUGACAUUAUUUACAUAUGGAUAUCAUGGUGCAAUGAUUGUAUUAUCCGUGUAUGGUGGUUCAAAUUUCCUACAUGGAACAUAUGGAACAUUGGCCAUUCGUCUAUUUCAAUGGCAUUGUAUAUACAUUAUAUUUAUUGCCAUUAACGGUAUACUUGAAUCAUAUUCAUUUGCAGUGAUGAAUACUGGACAAUUGAAUCGAUUCAAUGUUAAACUAAUGAUAACAUCGAUCAUUUUUACGGCAAUUUCAUUGAUAAUCACUUCAUAUGUUGGUAGUAUUGGUUUCAUUAUGGCUAAUUGUCUGAAUAUGAUGACCCGAAUCAUUAUUAGCCUACUGUUUAUCGGAAAUGUUUAUCCAAAUUAUUCACUAUGGAUAUUCAUAAGACAAACACGACCAAAUAUUCAUACAAUGUUGUCAUAUGUUAUCAUAUUCAUUGGGCUUUCAACACUGUAUCGUUGGUUAGAUCUCAUUGAUAUUCAUACAUUCCUAUGGUCAAAAGCAAUUAUAUUCAUAAUAAUCAAUGCUAUAGUUGCUAUUUGUCAUUUGAUUUUUCUUUAUUUUUUCGAAACUGAAUUAUGUUUAUUUAUAAGAAAUGAAUUAUUUUUUAAAUCUUUGAAAAAUAAAAAUAAUUAAUGUGUG